GAUGCUAAUGUUGCUAUAAGGAAUGAACGGUGGGGGGCAGCAACCCGCCGGAAGUGAAGACGGACGUCCGACGAAGAAGAAAAAACCCAUUGAGCCUCGUGAAGCGGGAACUGACAGCCCCCCGACAUGGACUGGGGUCAGAAUGAGCUGCCGUCUCCGGUGGUUCGAGACGACGAGGUGACCAUCGCUGCCCGCAGGAGGAGGAAGAAGGUGGCCUUCCCGUCACCCGGCAGCGGCAGCCCCAUCGCCUCCACGGCAACGCCGGCCCGUUCCCUGCUGAGGAACACUCCAGCUUCACUGUACAGACAGGCCGUGACUCCGAGGGUUCCUGAUGUUUCCGCAAUACUGGCUCCAGGAGGCCGAACGCCUCGAUACACGCACACGCCUAGAAACGCCCUCAGCAGUCUCAACCUGGACGACAGCGAUUGGACCAACAGCCUGUACGUCUCGCCUGUCUUUGGCCUGGAGAACACCAGCUUCUUCACCGACGACAUCACCAACCUCAGCUCGGCGCUGCUGAAGGAAGACGACCCCGGCGAGGCUGCCGCGGCCAGUCUGUUCCCGGAGUUCCUCGGCUCGUUCCUCAAACACUCGUCCUCUGCCGUGUUCGAGCUGCUCGAGGAUUAUCAGACGCUCUGCCAGGACAAGGUGGACGUGCUGCAGUCCGUCGUCCUCAGAGCGGGUCAGAACAGUAAAACCGCCGGAGUGCGCUGGCUGCUGCAGCAGGAGAACUGCACCUGGAGACUGAUCACCUCCCUGUACAGGGAUCGAGUCCAGCUGGCGAUGGAGGACGACCUCAUGACAGACAUGGUUGUUCCCAGUGAGAGCGAGAAGGUCGUGGUGGAGCAGCUGUUUCAGCGGGACGCCGUCAUACGACAGAGUCAGCUGGUCGUCGAUUGGCUGGAGAGCAUCGCCAAGGAUCAGAUCGGAGACUUCUCUGACAACAUCGAGUACUACGCCAAGAACGUCUGCUGGGAAAACACACUGCAUGCUCUGAAGCUGAGGAGAAAGAGCGGCACGGCCUUCACCGUUCCUCUGGUCACUGAGCUGGACCCGGACGCUCCUCUCCGGCAGCAGCGCCCGCUCGCUGACCUGGACCGAGAAGACGACGCCCGGCUGCUGAAGAACUUGUUCACGCUGAUCAGAGCGGGCAUGACCGAGGAGGCUCAGAGGCUGUGUAAGCGCUGUGGUCAGGCCUGGAGAGCAGCGACUCUGGAAGGCUGGAAACUGUACCACGACCCCAACAUGACCUCAGGCAGCAUCGAGCUGCAGCCCGUUGAAGGAAACCCUCAGAGAGGAAUCUGGAAGGCGUGCUGCUGGAGGAUGGCUGAAGAGGAGCAGUUAAACAGAUACGAGAGAGCCAUCUACGCCGGCCUGAGCGGAAACCUCAAACCGCUCCUGGCAGUGUGUGAGUCGUGGGAGGACUGUGUGUGGGCGCACUUCAGAGUGAUGGUGGACUCGCUGGUGGAGAAGGAUCUGAUGUCGUCGGGUAUGGCCCACCAGGAGGUGGAGACGCUGCCACGGGAAUACCUGGAGGCCAACUGGUCCAUGGAGAAAGUGUUUGAGGAGCUUCAAGCUUCUGAGACGAAGAGGGUGUUGGAGGAGACACGUGAACAUUACCACGUCAUCCAGAAGUUCGUCAUCCUGGGAGACCUGGACGGUCUGCUGGAGGAGUUUUCCGAUUGGCUGGCAGCCUCUAAGCCCCUCCCCUCCCACCUGCUGCGUUUCAUGACUCACCUCGUGCUGUUUUUCCGCUCUCUGGGUCUGGCCCUGAAGGACGAGGUGUGCGUGGACGUGCUCAAGGCGUACGUCUCCCUCCUGAUCCGCGACCAGCAGACCGACCUCGUGGCGAGCUACGUCAGCCAGCUGCCGGCCGAGCUCGCCACCGCUCAGUACGCCGCUUUCCUGGAGACCGUCACCCAGCCGGAGCUCCGCCCACACUGCCUGCAGCUCGCAACCGAAGCCGGUCUGGAUGUCGCUGCGAUCACCAAGCUGGUGGUGGAGAACGUGAGAGAGAGAGAUGAGACGGAGUUCACGCACCACAGCCAGGCGCUGGAGACGGCGACCACGAAGGACGACCUGAGGAAGAUCGACGUCAUCGAUUGGCUCCUGUUUGACCCCGCCCACCGCGCCGAGUCCCUGAAGCAGUCCAACGCCAUCAUGAGGAAGUUCCUGGCCCUGCAGAAACACGACGCAGCCAAGGCGGUGUUCUCGAAAGUCCCUGAGGACUCCAUGAGGGAGAUCUACUGCCAGUGGGCGGGGCUCGGUCAGACCGCCACGCCUGCCGAGGACGAGAACGCCAUCAGAGAACACCUGUGCAUACGAGCCUACCUGGAAGCCCACGAGGCCUUCACUGAUUGGUUCAGCCACAGUAGCUCCGCCCCGCAGAAGCCAGCGCCCGCCCCAGAGGCCAAAUUCACCGAGCGAGUAGCCAAUGAGAUGCGAGAGAAGGAGUACCAGGCGUCGCUGGCCGCCUGGUCGUGUCGUCUGGACGUCCUGACCGAAGACGUCAAAGAGAGAAUCUACAACGUGCUGCUGUUCGUGGACGGAGGCUGGAUGAUCGACAACAGACAGGACUCGGAGCCGGACUCAGAGCGCAGCCACCAGAUGGCGGUGUUGCGCUCUCUGUGUCUGCCUCGCCUCAGCUUCCUGUUGCUCAGCGUGCUGCAGAACUCGUCCAGACACCAGGAGGCGCUGCGACUGGCCGACAUCAUCUCGUCUGACCAGCACCGCCUCUACCAGGUUUUCUCCAAAGAGGAGUUGCGGAGGUUCCUUCAGAAGUUGCGGGAGUCGUCGCUCGCCCUGUUGGACCGAGGAUCCGACCCGCUGGGCUACGAGUUACAGCCAUGAACACACACACACACACACACACACACACACAGUUGUCUUUUUGGAUUGUGUU